CUCUCGGUCUGCCCUGCAACAGCCAUUGACAAUGCAGUUGCCCUGGUGUGAAGUCGAGUCGCGGUUUCCGAUCUUCUUCAAUAAUUCCAACAAUUCUCGGGCGACAUUCAUUUUUUGAGGCAUGAUGAACUAACUACACUAGAACCGGGAUUUCCAAUUGCGCAAUAAACAGGGACGGCGGCAUGGAAGAGUGCGAGCAAGUGCGAGACGACCUACGAAUUCCCCGAUUCAGUGGAGGGAAACCUGAGUGCCGAGAGCAUCUGGCCAGCGCUGAAGCAUUGUGGCACUCCGCCGUUGGGUGGCUUCACUGCCUCACUUCCUGGGCACUGGGCUUCCUUCUCGGCACUUCAGUCAGCCAUCCAAUCUAAUCCCUUGGAGAGACAGCCCACGAGGUGGUAGCACGGGAGUCAGCCAUGGCCAGUCCCAUCGAAUACAUCAUCAAUCCGGAUCCGCCACAAAAACCCGCCCACCGGGUGUCCGGGACCCACAAUCCGCUCGUUGUCACCUCCGGUUCGGCCUCGGCAUCCCAAUCCGCAGUCCGGCCCGGCCCGGGGCAUCACACGCAAACACAUUCCGGAAACCAGAACCAGUCGCAUUCGCUUUAUCAAUGUGCUGACUGUCUCCGCCGCUACUCUCGCCCCGAGCAUCUCCAGAGACACAUUGCCUCGCAUACACUUGGAAAGCGGUUCACCUGUGAUGUCUGCUUUAAAGGAUUCGCUCGAGCCGAUCUUCUCAAGCGCCACCGCGCCAAUCACCAGGAGGGUAACGGGAACAAACGCAGACGCUUCAACUCGGUUCCCUCGGCCAGCCGCGUAGGACAGGCUUGUACAGCCUGCGCAAAGUCUAGGGUGAAGUGCGAGGAGAUUAAACCAUGCACACGCUGCAAGACCCGCGGGCUGGCCUGCGAGGUUGCUUCCUCAGAUGACCCGACCGCGUAUUCCACCCAGCUCCCUAAGCACCGCACGGGACACACCGAGUCCACCCCUGAAUCGUGCUGCUCUCUCUCGUCGAGCGCGGGGCAGCCGCAGCACCGGCUCCCCGCGGACUUAGCUUCGUCUUCAUAUGUUCGAUCUACAAGCCCCGAGGACAGUAAACAGGACAUAUCACCCUUAGCUUACCCUACCUAUCAGGGGCUCCAAAUUUGCACCCCGGAGGCGCCCUCGACCGUGGCUGUCCAACCCCCCACGGACAACUUGCAUGGUUAUUCUGGCGGCGGUGCGGAAUAUACGGAGCAUGAGCAACCAGGGCCCCAAUUCCCCGACUUUCUUUGCGAUGUUUUAUAUGAACAACCCUUGGGCAACCCCUCGAGGCUACCCGACGCACAGGGGCUAUCCACGCUCGAUUUCUACGAUGACGCAAACCUAGAUUUCAACGAGUUUGACUUCAACCUGCUCAACUGGAAUCUUGAUACCGCCCAAGUCACGCCAGAGGAUACUGUGGCGUCCGAAGACCCCGCUGGCAUGACUGAGAUGCGCUCGUCAUUAGCGAAGCUCUGGACCGAGUCACCGUGGAGGUGGACACCGGGGAAAGCAGAUAACUGCUACACGGAACAGUCCAAUUUACCACUGCCUUCCAACGACAUAGGCAGCCCCCAAACCCACAAUAACCGACCGGCAGUAGACCGAGUGGCCAGCGACACAUUGCGGCCCUCAUGUCGAGACAAAAUCCUGGCCAUCGUCCUGGGAACUUGCCGCGAGAGCCGCAUGGCGAGCCGCGUAGCGUCGUCCUUUCCGUCCGCUGACACCAUGGACUCGUGGAUCAACAUGUUUCUGGCCGCUCAUAUGUCCCAGACCGCGUCCUGGAUUCACUACGGGUCGUUUUCUCUCAAUAGCCAGUGGCCUGAGUGGCUUGCCGUUGCCGCCGCCGCCGGGGCCGUCUUGACUCCGGUGCCUGCUGUCCGCCGGUUCGGGCUUGCGUUACAGGAGGCGAUUCGUGAGUUCUUUUAGUGUACGAUACCUGCUGUGACUGACCAGAUUAGGCAUUUCUAUUCCGGAGAAGUUUGAGGAGAAUAACGAGACCGUCGCCGAGAUUGGCAAGGUCCAGGCCCUAGUCCUGUUACAGGACGUCGCUCUUUGGAGCGGAAA